AUGUCGUUUCAAUCUUUCGAUUUUCCUCCACUACAUCCUAGUCCAGGAGUGGUUGUUGCCAUUCAAUCUCUACCUUGUGAUACUGAGACUACUACAAUACCAGAAGAUACGGUCAAUCUCUUAGCCAUUAACGAAGAAAGUGAACUAUGGAAAUUGCAACUUCAUAGUGGACAAGCAGAAAAAUUAUUGUCGAUUCAAAAUAUUCCCGAUUUGAACAUAAAACAUCCACUGCAAAUCGUUAUCAGUCCUAAUGGGAAAUAUGCUGCUGUGAGUAAUCAACUUGGUCGAUAUGCAGCUCUUUUUGAUUUAUAUUCGAGAGAACAAUUGCCGAUAAAAUUAGAACGAGAUGGUUAUCACAGUGAUAAAAGUGUCUUUCCUUUAGCUUUCACUGAAAUUCCUCAAGGUCGUACAUUACUUAUUCAUGGUUCAGAAUGGAAUCGAUUGGACAUCACUGAUAUAUUAUCUGGGAAAAACUUGAGUGAACGUCCGUCUCCCAGCUUUGACCAAGAAGCGAAGGAGAAGCAUGAACAUUAUUUAGAAUACUUUCAUGGCCAAUUACAUGUGUCGCCUGAUGGUAAAACAGUGGCAGAAACAGGAUGGAUUUGGCAUCCAAUGGCUGAGACUCGUUGUUGGAAUAUCGAAGAAUGGCUUGAAAAUAAUCGUUGGGAAUCUGAGGAUGGUGCUUCUCUUCGUUGUCUUUGGCCGUCUUUACUCGACUGGGAUGUACCUAUGACUUGGUUAGAUUCAAAUACACUAGCAGUAUGGGGAAAAGUAGAUGAAGACAUGAUCGAUAAAGAAGAUGAGGAAAACGAAGAAGUAGAAAUGAAUGCAGUCGUAUGGUUCGAUGUGAAAAGUGGAAAACGUCUUGGUCGUCUACUUUCUGUUCCAACCUAUACGAUGACACCGUAUACUAGCCUCUUUCCCUAUACUCAAGCACAGAUGGUGGCAGCCAAUGGACAACUAUUUUUAUGGGAUAAUGGCAUAGAUUUUACAGUUUGGAAUAUUGAAACAGGUCACUGUGAAACUACGAAAGCUGAUUUUCAACCUGAUUUAUAUCAUGCACCGAGUGGCCUAUUUUUGGUUCACGACGUUGAACAUGAUGGUCAAUAUACAGCCUGGCGUUAUAGUCAACUCCCGAAAUCUAGUUGA